UUAGCAAGUAAGAGAUUAGAAAUCUAGAGAUGAUGAAGAAACCGACAUCAACAGCAACAUGGGCACUUCACAAAUUGCUUAGCAUGUCACCUGCCAUGGCUCCCAACCAAGACCAAGAACAAGAUGGGAUUCCCUUCUUGAGUGAUAGGCACUUUGCCUUGCAUGGGGAGGUCAUGAUGGUUGUUGUGGUUGUUCUCUUUGCUGCUUUCAUUCUCUGCCUUGCUGUGCUUCCAUGUCUCAAGCGAGCUAAGAGUCCUCAACUGCGAUUGAAUUCAGUUGAUGAAGAAGACUCUGCUGUUGUUGCGAAGCCAUUCAAUUGUUUCUCACUGUGGUUGAAGAAAAAGAGGACAGAUGAUGUUGGUGCACAGGAAAAUGGUGCAGCAGAGUUGCCAUUGACGUCUUCUAGUUCAUAACAAGUGAUUUUGUUUUUAGAGAGAUUUGCAUAGUGAGGGACUUGGUAAGUGCAGAGCAAUUCUGUUUUGGCCUUGUUUGGCUAACAUGUAAUCUGGGCUGUGGCUGUGAUGAGCCUUCCAUGAUGUCUGUUUCACGGUUAAAUGUCCCUUAUCUUGUGUUUUUAUAAUGUUUGAAUUCUCAAUCACACACCUAAUAUCGUCUAUGUUCCAUCA